AAUUACAAUGGGAGUCUUAUUUAAGAAUGAUUGUAAAUAUAAAAAUUGCGGGCUAGAAUUCGAAAAUGUAGCAGCCUUGAUACGCCACAUAGAACAGGUUCAUGUAUUCGUAAGUGACAACGAAGAAACACGUGGUUAUGAGCAUAUGAUUGCGUUGAGUAAAAUAUUGCCGAAUAAUAUUGAAGAUGUUCAAAUGGGUAUCCGUCUAUGCCAUGACAAUCGUGCUCCGCAAUUGCACACAGCAUUGCCUGCAUAUUCUAAUGAGAAUGCCACUUCAUCUAUACAAUCAUAUUAUUUGGAUGCUACUAACAGUCAUGCAUCACCACCUUCCUCGCUUGAAUCGAAUAGUUCUAUUUAAUUUUUUCAAGCGAAUUAAGCUGGCAAAUGGUACAAAUACCAUUUGUAAUAUUAUUAUUGAAUUGCCUAUUAUAUCACAAAUAAAAACAUCUGUAAGUAAUGCUGCGACGCCGGCACCACCCACUCAUAUUCCUGAUGAUGGACAGCGCUUACAUUCACAGUAUUGUAGAAAAGAGUCCAAAACCCAGUUUUAAUAACAGAUCGAUCACAUAAAAAGCCAUACCUUUCAAAUUACCUAAAAAAAUGAGUUUGAAAGCAAAUGCUGA